CAAUAACUGUGUUGUGCCAGAAACCUGAUAUAUUCUGUUUAAUUUGUGUCCAAAAUGAUCGAUUUUCUAAUACAGCCAUACACCAACGAUACAUUUUAUCUUCAGAUAAUGAAUCCAUAAAAUAAUUCACGCUUAUUCUACUGUCUAUUUUUGUAAAAUUAUCUCUCAAACAAUAAUAGUGGAAUGAUGCACUUUUCUCCUCCCAUUAAAAUUGAGUAAAAACAGGCCGAUCAGAGACUGACUUGGAUCAAACAGGAUUUGGACAAAAAUAAAUGUCGGGCCAACCUGUCAUUAAAAGACCAAAACUUUCAUUUUACUAUUUGAGAAACUUUUCUUGGGUCGGGUCUCAAAAAUUUUCUAAAAUCUUGGGGCAGGUCAUAGGCAGGUAUUGAAAACAUGAUCUGAGUUGGUCUCUGAAGCUGACAACAUCACAAUCUUUUAAUCCACAAAUAUAAAACUACAAAGUGAUGUUCUUUUAUUUUUAGAAAUUAAUAUUGAUCAAAAAUUUGCUGAUAAAUUACAACGUGUCAUUGAACGUAUAACACAAUUUGGUACAAUUCAACGUUUUGUUACGUCAAAAAUAACCGAAUGUAAUAUACUGAUUUGUGGGCCACCCCAUUCUGGUAAAUCAACAUUAAUUAAUAAGUUUUGUGGUAAAUGGAUGACACCUACAAGUGAUGGUUUAGAUUCAACUACAAAAGAAACGAAAUGUUACACAAAUAAAAAUUCAUGUAAUGGUCAAACAUAUAAAAUUAAUUUUUGGGAUACUGCUGGCAUUGAAAAUUGGAAUGUUAAUGAUUUUUAUCCAUAUAUUAAUAAUGCUAAGAACCAAAUUGAUCCAUUAUGUAUGAUUUAUUGUGUUAGUCCUGGUCAAUUUACAGUAUCAGAUCGUUUAAGAUGGUUAAUUGAUAGCUGUUUUGAAGAGAAUAUAUUCUGUGCUUUAAAGUAUAAUUUAAGAGUAGAAGAAAUAAAUAAUAUUAAAUAUUAUGUUAAAAGAAACACAAAUGAAAGAAUGGCUUUAAUAACAUCGAUAAACACAGUAGCCUAUGUUGAUGAUGGAAAAAACAUUUAUUUUCCACCAUGUGGUGUUGAUGAAUUAACACUUGGUAUUAUGGAUUCAUUAUCUGAAGAUAAAAUGUAUCGUUGGUGUAUGGCUGUAUUAGAAAAUCGAUCAUUUUGGACACAAAUUAAACAGAAUAUAUCAGGUUUCUGGCACAACACAGUUAUUGAGAGAUUUCAACGUUUUAUGACACAGCAAAAAAUAUCCUAUAACGGUAAAAUAAAAAAAGUAAUUAUUCGUACAAUAGAAAAUAUGAAAUGUGUUAGACUUGAAGAUAUUCAACAUUAUUUUCCUCAAGUGACCACAUUAACGACAGAUGAUGAUGAACAAAUACCAUAUUUAUGUGAUGAUAAUGGACAAACAUCAUCACCUUUUAGAAUUAAAGCUGAUUCACAAAGAAUAUUUUACUGUUAUGAAUAUAGUGAACAGACAACAACCAUGGACAAUAAUUUGUAUAAGUAUAAUCAAUUAAACGAAAUUCGAAGAAACACAGACAUAUUAAUAGCAAAUACUAAAAAGCUUGAAACUAAAGCCGAUACAAUAAUAACAAAUACUGAUCAUUUAUUACGAUUAAUGUAUGGUCUUGCUGAAUAUACUAUCCCACGUAUGUUUAUUGUACUACCACGAAAAUAUUGUCGUUGGAAUCCAAUUAAUUUAUUUCGUAAUUCCUAUUGUUUAUAUUUUUUAUGUGAAUGUUCAGAAGAAAACGAUAAAAUACAUUUUGCUAUUCAUGAGGGUUAUGAAAUUAAACAACCUAAACAAUUUUUUAUCAAAUAUGGACAGCAUUUAGCUAAAAUAAUAACAAUUGCUCGAUGUGCAUUAGUAUUGGGUAGUGCUGUAUUACCGCCUUUGGGUUAUGUCGGUGUGAGUUUACCAACACCAGAAUUUUUAGAAAAUAAAGAGUUUUGGGAAACAUUAAGUACAAAUAUUGAUAAAAUGAAUUCAAUGUUAAAUAAAAUAUCACAAACAGAUUUAUUAUCAGAUAGUUAUAAUAAACCAGCAACAGGUGUUGAAUUAAGAGAAUUAAAACAAUUUUUAAAACGCUUUGAUGAACAAGAAACAUUAGGUAAUUUAUAUCGUGCAACAACAUCAGAUGGUCAUAUCAGAUGGGUAUGUAAAUAUCAUUAUGAUGAAUUAUUUGUUCAACAAGAAACAAAAGAAUUUUUAAAACGUUUUCGAUCAUGGGGUGGCGAAUAUAUUGAAGAAACAGGUGACGCUUUGAUUAAAGAUUUAUUAAAUAGUAAUGAUAUAAGAAAGUUAUGCUUAGAUUUAAUUGGUACAGGACCAUUAAAUUUAUAUAAAUUAAUAAUAAAACAAUGUAAAUUAAAAGAAAAUGAAUUAGAACAAUUAAUAACAACAAUUGAUAAAACAUUAAUCAAACAAUUAGAAUUUUAUAAUAUACUUUUGACAAGUACAUUUGGAUAUAAGAAACAACUGAAUAUAAUACAAAAAUUAGAACAAUGUUUAGAAGAAAAUAAAAAUAUUAAAAUUAUUUAUCACAUAGAUCAUGUCGAUUGGAUGUUGUCCAAUAAUGAGGAUUUAAAAUUAAUUUUAAAAUCUUUAAAUACAAAAAAUAAUUUAACUGUUCAUAUAAAUAUGGAAAACAAUGAAACUAAAUAUCGUAUAAUCAAAACCGAUACAACACUUGUCAUACAUCUUCCAAAUAUAGCUAAUGAAAUUUUAAUCGAGACUCUAAAAAUGAAUAAUAACACUAGUAGUAAAAUAACUGAUUUACAUUUACAUAGAAUUACAGAUGAUAAUAUUAAAAUAAUAUCUGAAUAUCUAGGAACAAAUAUAAUACUAAAACAAUUGAAUCUAAGUGGUAAUAGACUAUCCGGCGAUUGUAUUAGAAUUUUAUGUAAAUCAUUAGAAACCAAUACAACGUUAACACAUUUAAUUUUAGAACGUAAUGAUAUAUGUGAUUAUGGUGCAGAAGCUAUUGGCAACAUGUUAAGAGUCAAUUGUUCAUUAUUACUAUUAAAUUUAAAAUUAAACCGUAUUACAGAUUAUGGUAUGAGUAAAAUAAGUAUUAAUUUAAAAUUAAAUAAAUCAUUAAACGAACUUUGUGUAAGUAAUAAUCAAAUAACAACAGAGAGUAUAAUUACAAUGAGUAAAACAUUAAUGGUAAAUAGGACAUUAAAAAAUCUUGAUUUUAGCCAUAAUCAAAUAGCUGGAAAUGAUCAUAUUCAUCAAUUAUUAAGUGUGCUUGAAUCAUUAGAUUUAAGUUACAAUAAAUUGGGUAAUGAUUGUCUUCAAACAAUCCAAACAUUUCUAUCAGAUAAAACCACACUUUCAUUAAUAAAAUUAAAUUUUGUAUCAAAUGAUAUAUCGAAUGAUGGUGCAAAAUACUUAUCUAAAAUUCUAAUGGAAACAAAUUUCUUAACAUAUUUGAAUAUUGGAUAUAAUAAAAUAUCUGAUCAGGGUGCUAAAUUGCUAGCAGAUGCAUUAGUAAAAACUGAAUGUUUACAAUAUUUUUCCAUCAGAUGUAACCAUAUGUCAUCCAGUGGUAUUGGUUAUUUAAUUAAAUCAUUAGAACAAAAUCACACAAUAUUAGAAUUUGAUAUUGGUAUGAACGAAAUAUCUGACGAAAAUAUAGAACAAUUACAGAGAAUAUUAUCAAUCAAUAAUACAUUAACGACAUUAGAUUUAACAAAUUUGAGUUUAAAGGAUCAUUCACAAAGAAUGGCCAAGUUUUGA